GUCGACUUUGUGUUAAUGGAGAGAAGGGAGGGUUUGUUUUCAACUCAACAAAAGAUCAUAAACACAAAUAAAAUGUAAGUGGUAAAUAUAUAUAGUUGUGGUGUACUCUUUUGAAUGAUGUAACAUUUAGUUAGUAGGUUCCAGAAUUGGGUGUGUAAAGAGGCACUCAAUGUUUUGCCCAACAUUGCUAAAGGUUACUCCCAACUGGUUUCAUAUGUUUGCCAACUUUUGACAAACGCCAGAUGACCAAUGCCCAUAACCCACAACUUAAUGUUAAGCAAAGACCUUAAAUAGGGUGAGGAGUCCAACCCUGCAUGCAUUCUUCUGCAAAAGUUAAUUCCUCACAACAUGUGGAAAGUCCCAAGCACGCUCCUGCUAUGCUGCCUCUGGGCUGCUGUGGCUCAGGAUCACAAUGCAGAUGACAGGGAGAGCAUUUGGGAAAACCCGAUCCGGUUCGCUACCAAGCGCACAAAAGACAACUGCUUCAUGAAAGUGACAGGACAACAAGAUCUGACAAUACUACGCAUCGUGUGCCAUGGACAGACACAUUACUGGUGUGAGUAUAAGGGAAAACCUUACGUCUGCCGCAACUACAACAAAAAUCCACGGCAUUAUUUCACCCAGAUCAUGUGGGAUCUCCGCAAGCUGCAGAACGCCUGCCAGGGUCAGAGCGUCAUUAAACCUCUGAUGUGCAAGAGAGCAUCUGAUGAGGCCCAGAUGGUCUUCGCAACCUCUUCCUCAUCUGAUGCCGUGCCAAUGGACAGGCCUCUCAGACCAACCUUUGGUAGACCCAAGCAGAUGAAAGCACAACAGAGAGGUCCAGAUCAAAGAGCAAAGCCUGCGAAACCACAGCUCCAAGCAUCCAGAACUAAGGGCACAAAUCAAGUCAAACCAUUUCAAUACAGAACGCAAAUGAUGACACCCACGCCAACUCUGCCAAUGCCAACCGAUCCAGUACCCCUGAGUGAAGCUCAGAAACUUGCCCAGUACUACUGCUGGCGCUCCUUUCAGCGUGUUUGUUCCUACUUCAUAGGGUGGUUCAAAAACUAAAAGACAACAGACCCCACUGAAGUGUCUGGUGUAAAGCAAAUGUAAAGGGCUGGAUGGAUGAAGACAAACUAUGUGUGUCUCUAUGAAUUCAGGGUAAUUCAAUAUAACAUGACAUUAUGUUGCACCUAAAUUGUAUAUUUGUGUAAAAAAAUAAAUUGUAUUAUUAGUAUUUCCUAAUAUAUGCUAUGUGUUUAUAAUUGCUGAAUUGUUACAGUUUGGAACAGUAUUUUGAAAACAAUGGGGUUAUAUUUGUUAACAUUAGAAAAUGAAUUAAUUAGCACAAACUAACAAUAAACAAUAUUUCUAUAGCAUUUAUUAACUUUGUUCUUAUCAAUUUAUAUAUAUAUAUAUAUCCUUAAAUAAUAU